UGCAUAUUUCAUGGCAUAGAGAAGGUGAUGUGUCUAGUCUCGUCCUUCAGCCAGGAAUGAAGCCAUGUGUCUCCAUCAAGAAAUUUUGCAAAGUUUUCUCUGUUGUUUUCUUCAUGUUCACAGUAUUGUAUUUGAUCUACAUUGUGGCGUUGAUGAAACUUGUUUUGCCUGGCAGCACCCCUAGUCUCCCGCUUCUGAGAUGGACAGAAUCAGAAGAACCAUUAUGUAGCCAAAACGUGACUCAGGACACAAUUGUCAAGGUCAAGAACAGCAGAACGUACCUGAUCGCAGCCUACUUAGACUCACGAAGCAGCAGAACAGUCCGCAUUUUAGGAAUCACCAACCGGUAUGAACAGGAUGUGUUGCUUUGUGACUUCUGUUUAACAGGAGAUAAUAAUACAGCCCCUGUGGAGCUUCAGAUUCAUACUGACCACUUUGAUUUUCCCUAUGGGACCACAGACCUUCUCUGCAGGCUACCUGAUGAGAGGAUCCCAGAGUAUGUUUCUGUCUACCGAACGGAUGAGUCUUCACCAACUUUUCUAAAAAUCCAAAGCACAGAGAUACCUACCAAAUUUCAGUAUGAUUUUCUUGUUUGUGUUUCCACCAUGUUUGGCUCAUACAACAACAUUUUGCAGUUUAUCCAGUCCAUGGAAAUGUACCAAAUACUGGGGGCCAAGAAAGUGGUUAUUUAUCACUCAGAUUCCAGCUUACUCAUGAAAAAAGUUCUGUCCUACUACAACAAAUUAGAAUUGGUAGAACUCGUUCCGUGGCCAAUCACCUCUUUUUUAAACGUUUCUGCUGGUUGGCAUUACCCUGAGCAUCCAGGAGAUCUCCAUUACUAUGGCCAAACUGCAGCUUUAAACGACUGUAUUUAUCGAAACAGGUACAGAACCAAAUAUAUUGCACUAAAUGACAUAGAUGAGUUAAUUUUACCCAUCAUGCACAAAGACUGGCCAGAAAUGAUUGACACUCUUUUGAAGAUUGAUCCAACCACAAGUGUCUUCCUCUUUAAAAAUUACGUCUUCCCCACUACAAUACGAGACAAGACUAAUCCUUUAACACCAUCUGAUUGGGCCUCUGUUCCGGGACUCAACAUUGUCGAGCAUGUCUAUCGGGAGCCCAACAGGCCCAGUGAAAUCAAUCCAACGAAGAUGAUACUGAAUCCCAGGAGUGUUGUACAGACCUCUGUUCACGUUCCUCUAGAAUUCGUAGGAGAACAAUACGAGGUCCCUGGUGAUAUUGCUAAACUGUGCCAUUAUCGAGAGCCGAAACAAAAAGAUCUGGAAAAGGAUCUUCUUAUCGAAGACAACAUCAUGUCUAAAUAUGAAGCAGUUUUGAUAAAGAGGGUUAACCGGUUAUUAAGGAAGCUAAGACUGGUGAAAACAACAAAAGCCAAAGACCAGUAGUCAUAUUUUCCUAUUUGCACUAUAAAACUACAACUAGGUAUUCACAGCAGGAUUUAAUUCUGGUCUGUAGAGCACAAAAACCGCAGAUACAGAGGUAUAUUGAUUGCGCACAUUGUCUCCCAAGAGGAAAUAUAAUGCAUUUGCUAAGUGC